AUGCAGUUCUUGGUCCUCAUAAAACACGCUACAAGAGUCCUUCUUAACAGCCUGUUUGCUGAUAGUCACGGAUUCAAGUGGCACAGCAAUGCAGCUAAAGAGCACCACGUAGAUGCUCUUUACCCCUCCCUGCUACUCAUCCUUCCUCCUCUUCCUACCUUCACUGCUCCUCCUGCUCCCUCCACUGCUCUCUCCCUCCCUGCCAGGCUUGACGGUGUGGUGGACAGUGUAACCACGGGGGGCUACGUGGUGCGCGAUGCAGGCGGGCAGAUGCACGAGGUGCGUGAAACAAGAGUACGGCGGGUGGAGGAGAGCGAGGAGGAUGCAAGGCGGCGAGCACAGGAGGCACUGGCAGCGGUCGAGAGAGAGGCAGAUGAGACGAGGAGAGCGCUCAAAAGGAAGAUGGAGGAAGCUUCCAGGACGGAGCUGGUCAAGAAGGAGAUUCCGCUGAAGCUGAGGAUCAAACCGGAGGACUCGGAGGACGUGAGAGCGGAGAAGAAGCGGAAGAUCCAUGCGUUCAAGUCGAAGCAGCGGAUGGAAAUGUUAGAGGUGAUGACCAACAAGAAGCAGAACACGUGGCAGCAGUUCCAAACCAAGGGCAUCAAGAAGAAGGUUUGCACCCACCCUCCUCAUUCCCUCUCCGUCGUUGCUUCUUUCCCUCUUAAUGUCAUCUCUCCGUGUUUCUCCUGCACUCCCUCUCUCCCUCCUUUCUCUUUCCCUUUUCUUACCCCCCUAUUCUCUCCCUCGCUUCCUUCACUCCCCACCCCCAAUCUGCCAUUCGGCUUAUGUGUGGGUAUGCACAUGCACAUACACAUGCACAUGCACAUGCAUGCGUGA